CCAUACUGAGUCUCACAUAAAUCUCCAGCGUUCAUUAUUGGAAUAAAACUCAUUUUAAAGUGUUUAUUUACAAAAAUAAAACACAAAUUAAAAAAAGAUCUUUAAAAAGCCAGAGCAUGAAGUUCCACUGCGUUUCUCUUGUCAUUUGUGCUGUACUUAUUGGAGAGGUUUGCUCAUCUCAGAUCAAGCUGUCUCGUCUGGAUCGAUGGGUGAGAACCGGAUUUCACUACAUGAAGCUGAACCUGUGCCGGAGGGUCUCACUGCCGGAGAGCGAGUGCAAGAAACUGUCUCACCUCCACCUGAGCGGAGUGGCGGUGUACGUUUCUGAGUCCAGCACGGGAAAAGUGCUCGCGAUCCUACCUGAUUCAUACUCCACAGGGGCUCUAGGGUCAAAGCAGAAGGGUUAUUCUGUGGACGAUGAGAGCAGGACAAAUGAAGAGUUCUAUCCCGGAGCGAGUGCGCACGACGCGGUGCUGCUUCUGGACCCCAGUCUCGGAGAAAGCUUCGGACACCCGGUGGUCAUGUUCUAUGUGGACUUCAACAUAACCGAAAAGAAAUGUUCUCAUAUGGAUGGCAUUUAUCUUGGGGAGGAGUGCUUGACGAUUGCUGUGAAAACACGCUGUCAAAACCAGCUGAAGCGGAGACGGAGUCGAAGUGAUCGUAUGGCAAGCCGGGCAAGGGGUACGGUGGGCAAAACCGUUCACGUAGAGCAAAGCAGCGGCCUCUGUGAGAUUCAUUUUCUCCCUCUGGUGGUCGGAGUGAAGGACAGCAACCGAACCCAACGCCUACGCUGUGUGGAUCACCCAGACUUUGCUAGGUGCCCGCAACCUUUACCCAUGACCAGCCCCAGUGUGCCUAUCUCCAGCUGUGAGCUCAAUACAAACACCCACCGAUGCCAACAGCAACGCCUGGCCACACACCUGUCCUGUCGUCUCUACCAGACCUGUGAUCAUGCUGUUCUCUUGUCAGGUGGCUGGCAGGAGCAGAUAACAUACCAGCGCCAUGUGCAGAACCUGCAACUCUUCUACCAGAUGCUGAGGAACAACGGUUUCCAUAAGGAACACAUAAAGACAUUCUUUGCUGGGAAUGGACAGGUGGCAGCUACAGACACAGAGGGGAUGUAUCCAGCCACAGAUAAAGAGGUGAUCAGGAAUCACAUUUCCUACAUCUGCCGAAAGCAGCACUGUGCAGAUUCUCUGGUUCUGUACCUGAACAGCCCCACACGCAAUGACGGAACCAUGCUGCUCUGGGACCGCAAUAACAACGGCAUUGCUGAUCUGAAGGAGCGUUACUCUGUGAGGGAACUGUUGGCAGAUCUGGCAGGAUGCAUGGCCAGUCGAGUGGUGCUUUUUGUUGAGCAGAGCUAUAGUGGGGCCCUCAGUAGGAGACUGAUGAGAUCUCUCAAAGACGUCAAUGUCGUGCUGCUGAAUGGGCUGCCCUGGGUGAAGACAGCUGAGUUUUGGGCCUCUCUGCACCCAUCCCAGUGUCUUAUAGACUAUCUCAGUAAGCAGAGUUCUGUGAUACCCCGAUUGGGUGAUGCCACUCUGGGACUCCUGAACGUCACUCUUGCAGGUGCUCCGUGUAACUCUACCCCACCCCUCACCGAGGCUGAGAUGAGGAAGGAGUACAUGGGCUGCCAGAACCUGCCCACAGCCCUGUGGUACCAAAAACGGCCCAAGUCUGACAACAACAGGAAUUAAGGGAAAAACACAUUUCCAAAAACAUGGACUUUCAAAUGGACAAAUGAUGCAGUUUUCCGGUGACCUAAUUCAGACACUUCAAUGUUAAGUUGAAUCCCAGUUUGGGACACUCCAGUUAUGGAGUACUUCCUCCUAAAAGAGAGGAAAACAAGUACCUACAAGCAGUCCUACAAGUAUGAUUUGUAUUAUCCACAAACUUUAAAAACCAUGACCAACCUUCUGUGUGCGUGCACUUAAUUCACCCAUUGAUGCACAAAGACCCUGACAAGCUGUUGAGGUACAGAAGACAAAAUGUGUGCUUAAGCGAUUGAAAAAAGAGGCAGUGACGCAGGACAGAGAAAGAGAGACAGAAAGUGUCUCUCAUGUCCUCACUCUGAACCUCAUUUCCCCUGCUUGGCAUCCCAUGGGGAGUGUCCCAUGUUCAACAACUUCUCUCUCUGCCUGCCGUGGGAGUUCAGCCCAGGGGCAACCACGCUCAUUUACCAGAGUGCUCCUUCUGGGUCAACGCACAGGGCAUGCCUGGAACUGAACAAUGGUGACACAUCACUCUGAUACACACCUCAUACUCACUUUAACAUUUCAGGACAAAUCUACAUGUCCCUCCUUCAAGCUCAAAAAGGGACAGAGCGGUCCAGCAUGAUUUAGUCAUGAGAAAUGUGUUUUCACUGCGUCUGGACCCUAGCAGACACUGGGCUCUGCAAGCAUGUAUUUAAGGAAGAACUCUUACUCCCUUAUUCCACUCUGUACUAACCACUCUGUCUGCAGUAUUUUCUUAUCUUUGCAACCAUUUAAACACCAGUAACAGAUAAUGACAGUGAUGAGAAGAUAUUUCAGGCAACAUGCCAGUCCAAGCAGACCCAAUAGGAAUUCAUACACAUUCUUCAUAAAUUACCAACAAUCGGAAGAUAUUUUUUUAUAGCGCAUUUCCAUAAAAAAAUUAAGACUGUGUAAAAGUUCUCACCAGUAAAACCAGCUACUGGUCCACAAUCCACAUGGACUCCCACUCCUUCCUGUUUUCCCCAUACUAUUAAUGUGGAUGGGUCAAUCAUUAGCUAUAAGUCUAAGCCUAAAUAACUAAAGGAAAAUACCAGUUUUUGUAUAGUUAUUAUAAUGUUAUUCUGUAAAUAUUUCUGUCAUGUUCUGCCUAAUUAAUGUGUUUUAUUGUUGGUUGUCAAAGUUGUUACAUGUCUUUGUGAGUGUUAAACCAUAGCUUAAGUGAAAAGAAGUAAAUAUUCUAAAUAAAUUAACUUUUGUACAUAGUCAGGGUUGUAUUUAUUUACAGACUUUAUUUCUAGGUUUUAUAAAAAUGAUAUAUUUGACCAGUGCAAAUUCCACAGAGAAUGAAAAUACAAAAAGUAGAUUUUAAAAACUUUGUUCUUGUACAAAACAUCCAGCUUCUUAGAGCUUAAUAACAUUUUAGGAUAGCAUUUCAAGGCUAUAGGCUACUCUUCCCUUUCUGGUAUGUUUGUAAAUGUCACUGUGGUUCAUAUGCUGUAUAUUCUUUUAAUACCUAUCAGCUUCAGAAAAGCCAUUUAUCAUUUAAAAUGUAUUAAUUUCAUCAUAAUUUACAAUACAUGCAGGAUUUUUAAAUCAUCCUGGCAUUUUUGUGAAACGGCAUUCAUUCCACAUUGCAGAGCAUGUCACUGAUAUUAAAAUUAUGGUUGAAUGUACAUGAUGAGUGUUUCCAUGUACAUUUUUGAAAGUUAUAUAGUAUAUUAACAACAGAUUAAAUAUGGCUUUGGAAAUUAGAUAUGAGUAAAAGGUCAUAUCUAAACUAGUCCAACAUGAUUAUAUCACUCAAAAAAAAAAAAAAAAAAAUAUAUAUAUAUAUAUAUAUAUGGUGUUUCUGAAUUUUUCUUGUUAAAUUUAAGAAAAAAUAUUGGUAACUAAUUUUACAGUGAACAUAUUACACAUACUAUAGGCUUAUGAAAUUAAGUACUAUAGUAAUAACACUGCAAAAUUGCAAGAAAUAUGAACACUGUAAUGUAAAGUGUGACAGACUUCUUGUGACAGCAUUAUAAUGAAAAAAAUUUGUCAAAUGGCCCUGAGCAUGUACCAACAAUUCCCAACUGCAGAUCACUGUAUGAAAGAGAUAAUUCAACAUUUUCUUAGUCCACACAAUUCACUGAAUAGGAGCGUAAACACACCAAAUGACGUGACUUGAAGUAUGAACUAAAAAAAAAAAAAAAAAAAAAACAACAACAA